AUGGAACUUCCGCGGAAGUUUGCAUUGUCCGAUGAAACCGCGACGUUUCAUGUGCAAUCCAGGCCGCCGUCGCAGCGCAAUUCAAUGUACGCGUCCAAGAUAGACCCGGCGCUGGAAUUCCCCUUUGACCCGCUGCGUGAGUACCACAAAGACAGUUCGUCGACGAUUCCAUGGCGUGAAUACCCCUACAAACAAAAAACGAUCGACCGAGUUGUGCAUGGCGUCCCUGGUUGCACCGUGCUUCAAGCAGCUGGGGCGUUGCUGGUGGGCUAUGGCGUCGAAGCCAAAGCCAUUUCCAUGUUCAACUUAUGUUUGUCGUCGGACCAGUGGGGCCAAUUCGAACGCCGCUUCCACGACGAGCGGGCAGCAUUCGCCGCGGCAAAGGCCGCGUACAUUCACGAGAGCUCGUCAAAGCUGCGGUCGCAGUUCAAAGCCGAUGCGGUUCGAUCAGCCCUCGAAGCCGAGGUGCGCGCCGUGGCGGCCCAGAAUGCCACCAUCAAAGUCAUUCGAUACGACAACGGCGACAAGUACGAGGGCCAAGUAUUUGAUCGAGACCGCGUCUGGAUUCCACACGGAGAGGGGACGCUAUUCGUGCAAGAUACGUCGCAACAAGACCCCCUAUUACCCCCAGUUCUCUUCGUGCGUUAUCGAGGCAUGUGGAUGCAGGGGUUGAUGCACGGACGUGGGCGAUACCAUUGGGACGACGGCAGUUCGUGGGAUGGCCCCUUCCUCUGCAAUGAAAUGCAAGGCGGGGGGGUUUAUCGCAGCGAGCCCGAAGCCGAUCCGGACGACACCGACCUCGACUGGACGCCGACGCCGACGACCGUACGAUACUACUACGGCGGCUCGCACAUCUGCUGGGGCACCGAAUUGGCCACGCAUUCCCGGAUUCGAAUCUUCCACGACAUGGGAGCGACAACGACCGGCCGCCAAACCAACGUCGCCGUGCUGCACGCCCCGUACAUCGAUGGAUGCGUCGCCGACUACGACGCGGCAACCGAUCGGCACCUCGUGGUGAUUCACGAGCGGCCAGACCAGUGGAUGUGUUUGUCUGGCAUGCACUUCAAGCUACUGUCGGCGGCCCCACUAGGACGGCAUAUUCGUUAAUGCAAACGUCGCUGGUUCAUGUGUGC